CAUAAAAGUGGUGCCGUGACCAGGAUCUCGGUCGGAAAACGUUCUAGAAGGUUCCUUUGGCACCCGCCAUUGCGUGGUCUAGAACAAUCCACCGCUGUGGUCGCGCCAUUACAUUCACCAUCCCUGAGACGACAACGGGGACGCUGUUCGUGUUGCUGCAAAUUGAAUUUGAUUCAAGGCUCGAUUUAUCGGGCGCAAGGUAAUUACCUGUCCGAUUUUCUUCCCAGGGUUUCACAGGUACCCUUUAGAUCGUUUGUUUCUUCCAUUCCAUGCACUUUUGGUCAUUCCUGGCAUUCUGGACACCCCGCUAACUACCUCUACGAGCCACGUGCAUCGCGCGGGCAAAUUGCGCCAUUACUGCCAGCCCCCACGGCGCCAUCUCUUCAAGCAACCGACGACCUGAUGAUUAAAUGUUAGUUGGAUCAUCACUGGCCCUUGUUACGUCACUCCGACUGUUACAUCUGGCCAAUAACUCUACGUUUCGGGACUCUACGUGCUGGUGUACAUCCGGACGAUUCCUACCAGACACCUCGACGCCCUGGAACUAUUUCGGCGAUUUGAAUCACGAAUAGCGCGGACGGCGCUCGAGACUGUUCCGGUUAACGUUUUUUGAUAAUUCAAGGCACGCUUUGCCUUGGAUAAGGUGAGUACCUUUCCAAGUGAUUAAAUUUACAAACGUCCGGUCUACCGUGGUCUUUUUUCUGGACAGAUCUCGCUGACUACAACGAUCAAUUUGAGCUGUCGAGCCUCUACCAUGGCGGACUGCGAGGUGCUCAUCGCGAGGAGAGACACGCUGCUCGCUACUCUGGGUUGGGCAGAGGCUUUCGUCGCCAACUACGAUGCAGGACGGGACCAAGGACAAGUACCGCUGAGACUGAGUCACGUCGACAACAUCUGGUCUAACCUCGAAGCGGUGCAGGGCCAGCUUGAGGAUACGGAAAGGACAGCAGAAGGUAGGGCAUUGCAUGCUGAUGUUCGUGCUGGCUAUGAAACCCGGCUUUUCGCAAUAAAAGCAGACUUACUCUCUAAAAUGCCUCCCACUCAUAUGAACGCUCGCAAUCCUUGUUCCGCUCAAACUAACUCCGCUCUCUCUGGGAUCAAGCUUCCAACUAUUUCGCUUCCGGAAUUCGACGGCGAUUACCAGCACUGGCUCACUUUCCACGAUACGUUCGUCGCUUUGAUACAUUCGAACGCUGAACUGCCCGACAUCCAAAAAUUCCACUACUUAAGGGCAGCUGUAAAAGGAGAAGCUGCGCAGUCCAUCGAGUCGAUCGCGAUCAGUUCCGCUAAUUAUAACUUGGCUUGGGAUGCACUGAAAGGUCGUUACUCCAACGAGUAUUUAAUGAAGAAGCGCCACCUCCAGGCACUCUUCGAUGUUCCACGGAUGAAGAAGGAGUCCGCUACGACACUUCAUGGGUUGGUUGACGAGUUCGAACGGCAUGUGAAAGUCCUUCGGCAGCUUGGAGAACCUACCGAUUCGUGGAGCAGCCUUCUCGAACACCUGCUUUGCACGAGACUACACGACGACACACUCAAGGUGUGGGAGGACCAUGCGUCGACGGUGACAGAUCCAAACUACGACUGCCUGAUUGGGUUCCUGCAACGGAGAAUUCGGGUUUUGGAGUCGAUUUCUGUGAAUCACCAUGCACCAUCGGGUUCCGCUCCACCUACCGCGUCGUCGUCGAAGAAGCAAAUACCGAUGAUUCGUCUUUCGUCGUGCUCUUCCACUGCUAGCACAACGAAACGAUGUCCAGCUUGCAAUCAGCCACAUCCUUUGGGCAAAUGUUUCAAAUUUCAGCGUCUUCCGCUUUCUGAACGUCAGCAGAUUGUCAACGCGAAGCGCCUGUGUACUAACUGCUUGAAAUCCGAUCAUUCCAAUCGCAACUGUCCAUCGGAACUCACUUGCAGGUAUUGUAAUCGUCGACACCAUAGUCUUCUUCACUACGCAGCCCCGGAUGCCAGCCGCAGGUCCUCAAACGACAGCGCAACGCUUCCCAUCACCACCUCGUCAACUCCGGUGAUCAAUCACUCGUUUUCUCCAGCAGAGCAUUCCGAACAGUCUCUGGUGAUCGCAACAGAUGGUCAGGUUCCAGUGGUUCAAACUAGCGUUCCUCGUCACCACGAAAGAGACAAUGUGUUUUUGCUCACCGUCAUCGUAAAUAUCGUCGACGCUUUCGGUCACGAACAUCCAGCGCGUGCUCUUUUGGACAGCGCCUCACAGCCAAAUCUUAUAACCGAGCGACUCGCCAGCAUGCCUCGUCUGCGGCGCAGCAACGUCAACAUUACGGUACAGGGUGCCGGUAAAUUAUCCAAGCCUGUGCGCCAGUCAGUCUACACCGAAAUUUGGUCGCAGAAUCAGCCAUUCUCGUGUGAUGUCAACUUCUUGGUGAUGGACAAAGUCACAGCAGACCUUCCAUCACAGAAUAUUUCUACGGCAGGGUGGAAUAUCCCGAAGGAACUGGUGCUGGCCGAUCCUUCGUUCAACAAGUCGCAGCCAAUUGACUUGGUACUCGGUGCGAGGCAUUUCUAUUCAUUCUUCCCCAGUGCUGCACGGUUACAGUUGGCUGCAAAUCUCCCAGUCCUCGUUGAUAGCGUUUUCGGCUGGAUAGUCGCUGGUUCUUCUACUCAAAUCCACACAGACUCCACUUCCGGCACUUCUGCAUCCAGUUCCAUAACUAUUUCGAUGGUGUCCCUCGAGGAAAGCAUUGAACGCUUCUGGAAAACUGAAGAAUUGGUCCUCAACGACGGUUACUCAGUGGAAGAACGGCACUGUGAGACAGUCUACCAGUCUUCGGUCGAGCGUAAUGACGAAGGCCGCUACAUCGUUCGAAUGCCUCGUCAACCUGAUUUCGACGUCAAGCUUGGAGCAUCAAAAGCCAAUGCGCUACGCCGUUUUGAGCUCUUGGAGAAGCGCCUUGAGCGGAACGCAAAACUCAAGGAAGAUUACCACGCGUUUAUGCAGGAAUACCUCGACCUUGGCCACAUGCGCUUGGUAGGAACCUUAGAUAAUUAA